AACACACAUCUUGAUGAUAUGCGUGCAGAGUAGCGACUUUCAUACGCGAUCAGUGGCUGCUCGGUGUCUCAGUCUUGUGUGGUAUUCAAUGGUAUGAGAGAACCACUCGUACUUUUCUUUCUCUCUCUACCUCUUUCUCUCUUUUUCCUUCUUUCUUUUACAUUCUCUUGUUUUGUGUCGAGUGUACCGUGUAGUGUCAUCCCCGUCAUGAUAAAAUAAUAACUUUUUUGAGUGCUAAAAAAGAAUAAUUGAACAACAGUGGUGUCAGGUGAAUUGGAAACAAAAGUAAGACUGUCGAUACAAUUGAAAAAAAAACAGAAGAUGGAAAAGAUAUUAUUUGCAUUAUUUGAUUAUUUUAUAUUAAAGGGAACGAAGAGGAGCUGUAUAUGAAGUGAGAGAGUGCCCUAGUCUCCCCGCCUGUGCGAGUUCUACGAAGUGGUUUAAUGUCCGGCCUCUAUCAUCAAUCUUAGACUUCGUAAAGUAACGAUUAAGAGACUAAAGAUCAAGGAACGUCAAGAAGCGUCCUCGAGGAGUGGUUUUUUAAGUGCGGUGACACGUAUUAAGGGAAACUCACAACGGCAUCCAAGAAGUAUCCAACAGAGAAGGUGUGCUGUAAGACCCGGAAACUUAACUGUUGGGAGUGGGAGUGCAACACGACGAACCGCACCAAGAGGGGAAGAGAAAGGGAUAGAUGGAAGAAACUUGGAGUGUCCGAGGUUUGGAAUAAACGUUGAAGAUUUGUAAGCGUUUUCUUUACGACACCUAUAUGUGUAUUGUUGUAUUUUUAUUAUCAGUGCUUUUCAAGGAAGAAAUUACAACAUUGCAAACAUCAAGUAGAGUCACGAGUAUCGAUAGUGCUGCUGGCAAGCUGCUGAUCAUCAAGCAAGAGUGUGUAAGUCAGUUAUAAGACGGCCAACAGGUAAAAACGCUACGGUGAAUGUUCGAGGACUGAUGAGGGUGUUAGUAAUCGAGAGGUGAAAUAAUCACGUACUCGAAACAAAAAGAGAAAAAGAAUAAAACAAAGCAAUAAAGCGGAAAAUAAAGAAAAAGAAGAAGCCGCAUUUUCGUUUAAAACUAAGAUCAUUGCUGGCGGUGGCGGCAUUGUCCUGCUUGUUUUGCUGUCUCGCGAAGCCAGAAAAAAGGUGGAGGAAGAAUAUAAAAGAGAGAUAGUAAGAUAGACAAACCUUUGACAACGAGAAACGCACUGAGCAUAAAAGAGAAAGAAAAGAGAUCGUGGAUCUUUUAAGAGGCAGCGGGGAGUCGUGGAACGACUUGAGCCGAGUCGAGCCGAGAAAGAUAGCGUCUAAGUGAGAAAGAUACUAAGACGGCGACUGGAGAGUGCUGUAAGGUACGUAUUUACGUACACACGCGUAGCAAGAGCCGGGAGGAACACGCUACCAAUACGGCUGCAACGUAAAUUACAUACGUGCGCCGCGAACUUAUACCCAGUGCCUCGGGAAUAACAACCAACAUUUUCAACUUGACGUGUACACUUAGCUUUAAGAAAGUUUUAAAUUUGAAAUAAACUAGUUAAAAUGGCGCUUAAUCAAGAUGUUGAUCAAUUGUCAAAAGGUAAUCUUGUUGUAAGAGUAGAUCAAAACUCAGAAUCAGAUCUUCAAGCUCUCUUUGACAGUGUUUUGAAACCAGACUCAAAAAGACCACUCCAGGUACCGCUUCGUAUGCGUAAUCUACCAGAUUCUUUCUUUAAUCCACCAUCAACUGGCAGUAAAAGUCCAUCAAUAUCUCAUUCACGGGAAAAUUCAGCAGAUUCAGCUUUUGGCACAGUGGUAACAUCAAAUGCAGUCAACAAUAACGGUUCUAAUGCCCCUGGCACCACCAAUACUACAGGUGGAACAAGUGCCACUACAACAGGAGCUUCUGGAGCUGCAGGUACAGCAUCUGGACUCACAGUAGCUCAUCCAAGAGCACAUAGUAGUCCAGCAUCACUUCAACAAACCUACGCUUCCGCUCAGCAGGCUACUCAACAUGCACCUCAACCCCACGCACGACAUCAUCAUCAAAAACAACGCAGCUAUGACGUCAUUAGUACAGUUGACGAUUUAGGGCCAUUGCCUCAUGGAUGGGAACAAGCACGGACGCCCGAGGGACAGAUUUAUUUCCUUAAUCAUUUAACUCGAACUACAACAUGGGAAGAUCCAAGAAAAACUGCUGCUGCAGCCAGUGUUGCUGCUGUUGCUGCUGCUGCAGUCGAAAGUGGAAAAGCUUCUCCAGCUGCAACAAACACUUUAGGACCUCUUCCUGAAGGAUGGGAACAGGCACGAACUCCUGAAGGUGAAAUUUAUUUUAUUAAUCAUCAAACCCGUACAACUUCCUGGUUUGAUCCAAGAAUUCCAACACAUCUUCAACGAGCUCCAACAACUAACACAAUGCUUCCACAAAAUUGGUUACAACCUGGAGCCACUGGUUUACAAAAUAAUCAAAAUAUUCAAGUGUGCCAGCAAAAAUUACGUUUACAAUCGUUACAAAUGGAACGUGAACGCUUGAAGCAAAGACAAGCUGAAAUAAUGAGACAGCAAGAAUUAAUGCUGAGACAAAGUACUACCGAUGCAGCAAUGGAUCCAUUUUUAUCAGGAAUAAAUGAACAACAUGCUCGUCAAGAGAGUGCUGACUCCGGAUUAGGUCUUGGAUCAGCAUAUUCUCUUCCACAUACACCUGAAGAUUUUCUAUCCAAUAUUGAUGAUAAUAUGGAUGGCACAAGUGAAGGCGGAGCACCAAUGGAAACUCCUGAUAUAUCGACCCUUAGUGAUAAUAUCGACUCUACUGAUGAUCUUGUACCUUCUUUACAGCUUGGAGAAGAAUUUACAAGCGAUAUCCUGGACGAUGUGCAGUCAUUAAUAAAUCCGAGCACGAAACCUGAGAAUGUAUUGACGUGGCUGUAGUAACGUCACAAAGACGGUCCACAACAAUUCGAUCAUAGAAUGUAUGAUUGACGUGUCAAAUGUUGCGUUAUUUAACGCCUCCUCAUGAAGAAAAGAUAUAAAAAAUGCGAUCAAGUAAAAAAGAAGAAUAAUUAAGAAAA